GUGGUAAGGAUGGGUCGUGGGGACAACCUGACCAUCCUUUACCCUCCUGGGUGCCGGGAAGUCAUAGAAGAUCUUGGACCAGAUGAGAUGAUACGGCGCUUGAAGACACUUGCCCACACCUUGCAGUCUAUGGGUCAGGAUGAUGGAGCGUACCAGGAGUAUGUUCCACUUGCUAUGCACAUUGCAGAUGAUUUCUUCUUGUCAUAUCCAAGUCGUGAUGUCCAGCUGCUCAUAGCAUGCUGUAUUGCAGACGUUUUAAGAGUGUAUGCACCAGAAGCACCCUAUAAGGACCCUGGUCAAGUAAAGACCCUCUUCAUGUUCCUGAUCAAACAACUGGGAGGAUUGAAAGACCCAAAGGACCCUGCCUUUAAGCGCUACUUUUACCUUCUUGAAAACUUAGCAUAUGUUAAAUCAUUCAACAUGUGCUUUGAGCUGGAAGAUUGCCAAGAAAUCUUCUGCAAACUUUUCAAACUUAUGUUCAAUAUAGUCAAUGAUGAACACAGUGGAAAAGUUAAGUCUUUUAUGCUAGACGUCCUGUGUCCGCUUAUCAAUGAAAGCGAUGUUGUCUCCAAUGAUUUGCUGGAUAUUAUUUUAUCAAAUGUCUUAGAGCCAGCUAAAUCACAAAGGAAGAACGCUUAUCAGUUGGCCAAAGACCUGGUGGUUAAGUGUUCUGACACACUUGAGCCCUACAUUCAAGCUUUCUUCAACCAUGUGCUCAUAUUAGGUCGGGAAGAGAAGACUUUGACCAUCUCUCAGAAAGUUUAUGAUCUCAUAUAUGAACUGAAUCACAUUUGCCCAUCAGUGCUACUUGCAGUUUUGCCACAGUUGGAGUUUAAACUGAAGAGUUCUGAUGAAGAGGAACGGUAUGGCUCUGUCUCCUUGUUGGCUCGCAUGUUUUCUGAGAAGGACUCGACACUGGCACUUAACCAUAAGCAACUAUGGACAGCUUUCUUGGGAAGAUUUAAUGAUAUUAGCAUAAAAAUAAGAACAAAAUGUGUACAGUAUUCUAUGCACUUCUUACUGAAUCAUCCACUCCUACGCAAAGACAUCACAGACACAUUAAAGUUAAGACAACACGACUCAGAAGAGAGUGUAAGGUAUGAGGUUGUAAUGGCCAUUGUUACAACUGCAAAGAAAGAUUUUAGCAUUGUCUCUGACAGUGAAGACCUUCUUAAUUUUGUUAAAGAGAGAACACUAGAUAAAAAGUUCAAGAUUAGAAAAGAAGCAAUGUGUGGAUUGGCAAUGAUUUACAAGAAACACCUGAAUAGUCCAGAUGUCCCACCGGCAACACGUCAUGCUGUAACGUGGAUCAAAGACAAGAUUCUUCAUGGAUAUUAUAUGACAAGCAUGGACGAUAGAUUACUAGUAGAACGUCUCCUGAACACUUGUUUGGUACCAUAUCAGCUGCCUCCAGAAGAUCGAAUGAAGAAACUUUUCUAUCUUUAUGCUACCAUUGAUGACAAUGCUUCCAAGGCCUUUAUAGAACUCCAGAAACAUCAGUUAGCUGUAAGGAAGAAUGUUGCAGAGCUUAUCGAGCUACAUCGGAAACCUCAGGAUGAAGAGAGGGAUCGUGAAAUAGCAUACCGCUUGGGACACCUCACCAAGUUCCUUCCUGAUCCACUGAAGGUGCAAGAGUUUCUUAGAAAGUUCUCACAACACCUCAAUAGUGAUUCUCAGUUGUUAUCACUGAUGGAAACUGUUGUUAGUCACGAUGUAUCCUGCAAAGAUAGUGUUGAUGCUGUUACCCAAAUACUAAAGAAAUUAGGACAGCCAGUAAUGACCAAUUUGUACUACAACACUAUCAAGAUGUUGCUAGAACGGGUUUCAAGUGUGAUGGUAGACAGGGUAGCACUUGAGGCUUUAGUUAGCAUGGUAGAAGGUGCACUGAAUGGGGAUCCAACAAUUUUGGAUACACUCAACCUUACUUCUGAUAUUGCAACAGAGAAGGGAUUGAAGUUAUUGUUUGUUUUGUCGUUUGUGUAUCCUUCACACUUCCUGCAUCAGGACAUCUUGACACGUCUUAUUUCUCUCCUCAAUGUGCCAAACACAGCCAUCUCCCCACCAGUUCUAGCAGUUCUAACAUGUAUUGGCAAAUAUAAACCAAUAGGUGAGCUGUACCCAGAGCUAGCAUCAGUACUUAUUCCAGUAUGUCAACAGUUUGCCUGCUCAGGCACUCCAAAACAAGCCAAGCAUGCUGUACGUUGCCUUCACACAAAUUGCACCUCAGAUGCAGAUGAAGUGUUUGAGAAGAUAUUAGAGAAAAUAAAGGAGCAGUUAACGUUUGAUUCUCCACACUUCAGAACUUCAGUCGUGUCUUUAGGUCACAUAGCAUUCAACAUGCCAGAUAGAUUCCUAAUCCCUAUUAAAAAUAUAGUAUCAAGAAAGAUUGUAAAAGAGUUAUUAAUGCGCAACCAAACCCCUGCACAUACUCCUGGCCCAGUCACCUCAGAGGAACCAGAAGAAUGGGUAGAGGAAGAGGAACUCACAGAGGAAUCAUCAGUCAAAAUGGAGGGCAUUAAGAUGAUGGCUCGGUGGUUGCUAGGCCUCAAAUCUGAUGUUAUCUCUGCCCAAAAAACCUUCCGUAUGCUAAAUGCCUUUAUUCUCCACAAGGGUGACCUUCUUGAGACUGGAAAGAUGUUAAAAUCUGAAAUGGCCCAUUUAAGACUGUCGUCUGGUGCUGCGAUGCUUAAAAUCUGUGAACAGAAAGGAGUUGGUGAUCAGUUUACCUCGGAGCAGUUUUACAAUCUCUCUCUCCUUAUGAAUGAUGAGUGUCCACAAGUCAGAGAACGGUUUGCCAUCAAGCUUCACAAAGGUUUAGCAAGAGGAAUUCCACAUAAGUGCCUGCCUCUUGACUUUAUGGGAUUUUAUGCCCUUGCUGGUCUUGAGUCUGACAGACAGUUGCGUGGUGCUGUAAGACAGUACAUGAUUGCUGAUAUUAAUAAGAGGAGAGAAUAUAUCAGAUCUAUCACCAUGUCUGGGGGAAGUGAAAAGGCAUCAAGUCAGCUACCACACAUUAUGCCUGAUUACAUGCUAGUAUUUGCAGUACCUUUGUUGGCACAUCACCCAGAAUUUACAGAUCCUAGUGAUGUGUCACAGCUGACACGGAUUCGGUCCUGUCUGUGGUUUAUCUUGGAACCUCUAAUGACCAAGAAUGAUGCCUACUGCUUUGGAUUCUACAAGGCAUUGAUUGAGCAGAUGAAGAACCACAAAGAUGCUGUUAAACCAGAAGAUGAGCUAACUAAUCAGAAACUAUGGGCUGUAUGUGAUUUAGCAAUGGGUCUUAUUUUAUCUAAAACUACUAGCUUUGAAAUGAAGGAAUUCCCAUCAGAUCCCCGAAUACCUCCAAUGUAUUUCAAAAAGCACGAGGAUCCAAACUUUGUAAAUGUCAAAUCGUACCUUCCGCUGGAGCUCCAGGUGACAGCACCCAAAGGAUCCACUAAAGUACUGACUGGAGUGACCAAAAAGGUGUCCAAUUCAAUGGUCGUUUUGAAACCAAACACUCAAAUGCACAGUCCACAAGACAGAAGCAAGGAUGACAGUAGUAUGAUGGAGGAUUCAAAUAAUGUAACAAAUAACCGAAAACGAGGACGCAGUGGUUAUGACAUUGAAGAUGAUUUAGAGGAUGAGGAGGACAGCACAACCCUUAGCAGUGUGUUGCCGACACCAAGUGCCCCAUCUGCAUCAUCAACGGGACCUGCUAGCAAGAAAGGAAGACUUGGGGGAAAUCUCACUGCUCCAGCCAAUAGGAUUAGUAGUUAUCUUCAGAAAGAAACUAAUGGGAAGACGUGAGUAACCUAUCCUACAGCAAGCUUACAAAGAUAUUGUUACCAGGGUGCAGAAUGGUUGUAGUUUUGCAUAGCGUACUAUGGUAGGAGUGUGACAAAAUCCUAUAUAAACUAUUUGUCCCCUGUUCAGGGGUAAGGCAGAAAUAGUUUCCAUACCAAAGUUUUAAGUAUAUACUUGGUGACAAUUCAGGUGAGCAGUGUAUGUUGAUCUCUAGACCAGCAGAGGGGUUGGUUCACUUGGUCACAGGUAUUGUACAUAAGUGUUGCAGAAAGCUGCAAGACUAAAGAUGAGGCUGUAUAUGUGAAUUUUGAGUGAUUGGUGGGUUUUAUGGUGAGAAAAGGACCAUGGAUCAUUGCAAUAUCUAUGAUUGGGUAGGGGAGAGGAGUAUAACAUUGUAUUCAUAUUUGAAAUAUGGUCAUGGGUAUUAUCUUCCACUGACAUCAUUUUCUGCACCUCAUUUACACUGUGAAGUUCUGAAUAAUUCAAAUAUGCUUGGUAUUAAACAACUUCAAAGUGAUAUUGGGUAUUGAUGCUAAUUUUGAGUUUAUUCAAGGUAAUGAAUCAUUAUGGUCACUGCUAUUGUAGUAAUGAUGAUGAAAGUAAUUAUUAUUAUAAG